GACAGGAGGUUGUCACGAGCUCUACACGUCGUUUUGAAGCAACGAAAACAGCAGAGUUAUCAGAGCUACGUGAUAGCAGUCAAAACACACACCCCUCCGGCCAGCAGGCGGCUGUCACGAGCAUAGAGACGGAAGAGGGAGCAUCCACAGACAUAGAAUUGGCGGACGCUUUAUCUGCUUACGAAGACCUUCCUCAAGAAUCGAUAAACAAAGUCAGAGUUAAGCGUUGUGGAACGGGGCUGCUUCAAAGAGUGAGAAAGAGCAGACGUGCAGCCUUCUACUCAACUACUAAAAGGCCUGAAUCGACAAACGAGAGCCAUCACCAUAAGACAAGGCGUGCUAUAAAGUGCAGUGGUAACUGUGUUUACAAAAAACGGCUACAAGAAUGUUUUAAGGUAAUACGUAUUUUGACAGAUUUAGCUCAAUCAAGAUAGGUCUGAUUUUUUUUGUGUUGUUUAUAUUGUAAUUUCUAUCAAAAAGAAAUACAAUGGAUCAGGCUAACCUUACGUCAGCAGAGUCGGAUUUCUUAACAAACAUUGACGAAUUAGAUUUACAGCUACUUUGUGAUACACCUGAGCUUGAUUUGUCAAACAUUAACAAUGAUUUGCCGUCAACCAGUGCUUCUACAAGCCAAAUACCAGAUUUGGUCAACAUUGUGAACAAUGCCAUGCAGGAAGGGAGAGACACAGACAGUCCUGAUAUUCAGGCCCACUUACAAGCUGUCGUAAACGAGCUAAACAGUCAAAACUGGAAUGAUGGUAGCCAAAGUCCUACACUAAUACCUUCACAACUGCUAAACAUGAUAGCAGAAUUAAACAACCAAGCUAACAGUAACAGCGGGCGCAACAGUCCAGAUAUUCCUGCUCAACUGUUACACAUGAUCCAAAAUCUAAAUACGCAGCCUCUGAUUGACCGAAUGACCGUUAACCCUAUAGAUCAUGAGAUAGAUGCUUCUGUAAUAACUGGUAACAUGCCACCAUCAUUUCAGCCUAACAACUGCUCUGUUAUAAUCGAUCACGAAAUAGAUGUUAUUGACAACAACGCACCAGCGUUUCAAGACAUAGCCCACCAAUCUAACAACAAUGCUUCUGUAAUAACUAAUCAGCGCGGCGGCUCUGUUGUAGUAAAUAGACCGCAUUUCAAUAAUAUUGAGAUAAGGCGGCAUUUGAAUAUACCAUCACAAGCAAACAGCAAUGAUUUUGCAACCUUUUACCUACAGAUUGAGGAUAGAAUAGAUGAAGUCUUGCGAGAGGUUGAUAUGCAAACACAGAGAGGUGACGUGAUUCAAAUCGAGUUAGUGGCUGGAAAUGAUAGGGCUCACGUUUACUCGCAAAAAAGCGACAUAAACACUGUCCGUGAUAAUGUAUCAGAUCUGCUUGAACGUCUAGCUCAAUCAAAUGUAGAGCUUCUAGCUGAUGAGAAUUUAGAGCUUAUUGUCGAAAUAGUCAAACCGAUCCGUGGUGGAAUGCGCCGUCGACUGAUGAACACUACCAACAAAGAGAUUUUGACGCGGGAUUAUCUGGGUGAUUUGACAGAUGAGCUUUCGAACGACAGCAUUUCAGAAUUUGUCUCAGCAGGGCCGAAAACUUACGCUUACAAGACAAGGGGGACAAACCGCACCGUCAUGAAGGGGCUGCCUGAAUCUUUUGAUGACGAGAAGCUGUUCCCGCCGCAGCAGCACCACCUACUGGUUCUGGACGACAUCAUCUUCCAAGCUUCGGAUAAUCAGGAAGUGCUCGAGAGGCUCAAUAAGCCAGCCCCUACUAUUCGGGACACCGCCGAGUAUUCUCUGGAUGAGGAGAUGAAACAGCGUUAUAUGGGUUUGAUCAAACAAAGAGAUUCUGAGCAGAUUCCUGUUACGAUUCGUAAUGAAGAGAGGGUUGUUGAAGAGGGAGGGAAAGCGCCCCCAAAAGUGACAGAUGAAGAUUGGGCUGAUAUUUUGGACACCAUGGGGCCGCGUUAUCGUCGCAGCGCCUCCUAUGUGUUAAAGAAAUUAUCGGCCGAAGAUGGGCUGCCUGAAUCUUUUGAUGACGAGAAGCUGUUCCCGCCGCAGCAGCACCACCUACUGGUUCUGGACGACAUCAUCUUCCAAGCUUCGGAUAAUCAGGAAGUGAACAAUAUAGACUACGUACAGGUGUACUACCUAGCCAGUGGCCUGUAG